AAGACCUCUAUAACCACAAAAUAUUUUCAUGUUCGUUCCCGUAUGAUGAGCACAAUCAAUGGUCUAUCCAUUCUUUAAUAAUUGAUAUCUGUGGCACAGACAUGUAAAAACUGUCGAGAAACAGAUCAUUUAUUUGCCGGCCGGUGUAGUAUACUUGUCUAUGGUGUCUCCGCCAUUCUGACCAUUCAAUCGUAUUUAAUAUUAUUUAUGCUUGUUCUUGACUAGAUUUUCUUUUCGAUACCUGUGCUGUGGAGGUUUUUCUGUGACUGAUUUAUUAAACCAUCUACAAUUCUACAAUGGAAGAAGAACAACGUCGCAUGCAGAGUGCUGUAUAUGAUGUUUUAAAUGUCAUUGAUAGAAAAUGCUUAAGGACUUUGCAAAUUCAGAUGCAUCAAUGCGCUAUUGAAUGUUGUAAGGACCCUUCAAAAAACAUUGAAUCAUUGGAAGUGUGUAAUGAAAAUUGUGCUAAGGAAGUAACAGCUGCUCGCAACUAUGUUCAAAAUGAAUUUAACAAGUGGCAGCAUAGAAUACAACGUUGUGUUCAAGAUUGCGGUGAUGCUGCUAUGGACAAAAUGCCCAGUGAGAGAAAUCGGAGUGAAAAUGAGUUGAAUAAAUAUAUAAAAGAAGCAGAAGGAUGUACAUCACAAUGUUUUACAAAAUACAUUACAAUAUUACCACAAUUGAGCAAUAAGAUUGUUGAUAAUUUGUCCAACAAAAAAAUGCAAUAAAUCUAAUAGCAUUUACAAGAUUAUACACAUCCAAGGCAAAAUAACUAGAGAAUUAAUCAUAAUAUUUUCAGUUUUAAUGUGUAUCAAUCUCUUAAUAUAUUUGUUUAAUGUAAGAUCAAAUUAUCCCUACAUUUCAACUUAUUGUGCUUAUGUAGUAAUUUUUAACAUAUGAAUGUUAAUAUAGUAUAAUAAAUUGGUUAUAAAUGAA